AGUAGACAUUUAUAUUUAGCUCUGGAGAGGAAGAGAGGGGGACAAACUAGGAAAGGAGUGUGGCUGUUUGUCAUAAUAUCUCUCCUCCGUCUUCCCACUUAGCCACGGGUUGAGAGGUGUCGGGGGCCAUCAGGUGUCCUUUUUUAGGGAGGAGUUAUGUUUCAAAACCAAGUCAAUGCAGCACUGAAAUAUAGCUCUCCCCGCUCUAUAAGUUUCCCUCAUGAGAUAUACACAGAUGAUCUACUGCAGACAGUUUGCCAGGGGGAUGCUGGGCAUUCCUGUGUAUGCAACUGUGCACACACAUGUGUUGUAUGUCCACGCUGCAGGGGUCGGUUAGCAGUUAAAUAAAGCAACGCACCAGAAGUGAAGGAAUGAGAGAGAGGCAAAGAGGGGAGGGAGAACGAGAGAAUGAGGUAUAGGAGGGAGGGGUGGAGGAGCAGGGGAGAGACAGAUUUAUUUCCACAGCUGAGUGCGGCCCCUCUCCUCUAUGGUUUGGCGUGGAUCUUGGAUAGACAGCUGAGGGGUGAGGAGUGACAAGAGAACCGAGAGGAAGAGUGAGGAGGAAACAACGAAAAAUAAACCGAGUGCAGGAGGAGGACUGUGGACAUGGAUGCCCUAGCACUAGAGGCCACCAGCACCAAAAAGCCGGCAAACGGGGCGGUAGCAGUUGCCGUCCCGGUUCUGGCUCAAGCCCCCGUCAAACGCAAACCUACUAAAAAAGCUAAAAAGGCUGUUGUUUUCUUUGAGGUGGAGAUUCUGGAUGCCAAGACCAAGGACAAGCUCUGCUUCCUGGACAAGGUCGAGCCAAAUGCCACUAUCGGAGAGAUCAAGUCUAUGUUCCACAAGAGCCAUCCUCAGUGGUACCCAGCCAGACAGUCCAUUCGCCUCGACCCCAAGGGGAAGUCUCUGAAGGAUGAGGAUGUUCUGCAGCAUCUCCCUGUGGGAACCACGGCAACCUUCUACUUCAGAGACCUGGGAGCCCAGAUCAGCUGGGUCACGGUCUUUCUGACGGAGUAUACCGGUCCUCUGGUCCUCUAUCUGAUGUUCUACUUCAGAGUUCCCUUCAUCUACGCAGCCAAAUAUGACUUUACCACCAGUAAACACUGGGUCGUACAUCUCGCCUGCAUGUGUCACUCUUUCCACUUCGUCAAGAGGCUGCUGGAGACGCUGUUUGUCCACCGCUUCUCUCAUGGCACAAUGCCGUUACGCAACAUCUUCAAGAACUGUACCUACUACUGGGGCUUUGCAGCAUGGAUGGCCUAUUACAUCAACCACCCGCUGUACACACCACCCAUCUACGGCGAGCAACAAAUCAGACUAGCCCUCAUCAUGUUCCUGUUCUGUCAGAUCGGCAACUUCUCCAUCCACAUUGCUCUUCGGAACCUCCGUCCACCAGGGUCUAAGACCAGGAAGAUUCCCUAUCCAACCAAGAACCCCUUUACCUGGAUCUUCCUGCUGGUCUCCUGCCCCAACUACACCUAUGAGCUGGGCGCCUGGCUUGGCUUCACACUGAUGACCCAGUGCCUGCCGGUGGCCUUCUUCACCUUGGUGGGUUUCAUCCAGAUGACUGUGUGGGCAAAGGGGAAACACCGCAGCUACCUGAAGGAGUUCCGCGACUACCCUCCUCUUCGCUCACCCAUCAUUCCCUUCAUCCUCUAGAGGACUCCUUGACUGCUUCCUCGCCCAUUCAGCUCUCCCCGCUUGUAGGAGUCAACUACACCCCCACCCCUAAAUGAGAGGGUGCCCUUCCUGUUUUCCACCCUUAAAACUCAACACUGGAACUGACUGACUGAAUCUAACCAUGUCCCCUUUUCCCCUCCACAACCAAAUUUUCUUUCACCUUCUGUCUGCGAUCUCUGUAAUAUCCAUAAUAUUGAGUGAACUUUUUUUUUUUGUAUUGCCCACAAGCCCAAACUGAUUGAUUAAUUGACUUAAGUGUGUUGAGCUGCCAGAGCAGUUAUUGCCCUCAAACUGCCCGGUGUUUACUGAAUGACAAACUGUAUCUAAAUGUUAAGCUGUCCAACUACUCUGCCAUCUAAUACUGUUGUUUUGAAGCUGAAUCUGCAUCUUGUGAUAUUCAGUUAAAUUUCAAUGGUUUCAUUUUUAUAUCCAUUCAUCUAAAUUUGAAAUCAUGACAGCAUUUUUUGAUGUCUGAAGUAAUUUAUUAAAAAAAGGUAAACAAAACUGUUGGUUGCCUUGCUGCAUUAUCUAUUACAGAUUACCUCUGUGUAUGUAUUGUAAGAUUUUGCAGCCACCACUCCAAUAUUGGAGCUUAGUACAAGGAUGUAGUGUGUGAAGUUUAAAUAGUCACUAAUAGGCAAAAUUACAUCAAAUUUUACAAGCUCAAUUAGGGUUGAAAUGAGCAAGUCAUCUAAUUUUGGUUUCAACUUCACAAGUAAAAAAGAACUGGGAAGAAAUCUUUGGUGAAACUUUCAUAAUCGUGGAGAUAUCCAGAUGAUAAUUAUCAUGACAAAUAAACAUGAACCAUUCAAUGGGUUGGAUCUGCUUACAUGUUUGAUAGUGCUGCAGGUCUCCCAAUAUCAGUGGAUUUAACGGUGAACCAGUCAUCAAUUAGCAAAUACUGACUGGAGGCAGUUUACAGUUUUUCCUCUACACGUAACAAAUGACCUUAAAUACAUUUAAACC